AACAGAUAUACUCACUUCCUAUGCCCACGUUUUAUCAUGCAAUAUAUAGAUAUUAAUAGGCCUUGUGCUAGCAUUUCUGAAUCACAUUCACAAACAUCAUGGGAAAUAUUUCGAGUUACUUGGGAGGACCAGGAGCUGAGUUAUCAUCCCAGGGGAUGACUUGGAUAUCAGGAACACUCUAUGAUCGAUUUAUUGAUAAUCAAAUCUAUGAUCCUGAAGCCUUUCACAUUGCCAUUCUUGAUAUCUUCAAUGCUAUCAACAUGGCCUUGCCCGGUAAGCAUUAUGAUGCACCAGCACACCAAGAAAUAGAGGAGUUUUAUGAUAAAUGGAAUGAGGAUGGUAAAAAAAAGGAAGAUUUCACCAAAUUUAUAAUUGAGAAUGUGAAUCUCAGCAAAGCAGAUGAAUCUAUGAUGAUCACUGGGAUAGUGGCUCCACCGGUUGCCAUGGUAGCUAAGAAAACUGGUCAGUCUGUGCCACAGCUAAGUGCUAUUAAAGCCAUCCCUGAUGCUGUCUUUGUUCCAGCAGCUACAAUUGCAUUUCUCAUUGUUGUGAAGCUCUCCAGAAGAAUGGCAUUCAAGAAUAUACCAUCCUAGCUUUCCCUUUUGAUGCACGUGCAUUGUUAUCAAUGUUCCAUGUAACUCAUGUUAUUUCUAAUGCAAAUAAUUGUAAACUUGACAUUAUUAAACAAAGAUGAAUUUUAGUGCCUAUGGAUAUCAUUUCCUUUUUA